AUGCUACCCUCAUUUUUGACGAAUGUUUACCUAGUUGUCGCUGAGCUUUCUCGUCGACUCAACGAAGCCACCAGCAAUGAGAAGAAGAGGCAAAUUUUGUUGAAAAACUUUUACGACCUAUUGCUGGCGCCGGGCGACAAUUACGAACUGGCCAGAUUCUUCUACUGCCUUGAACUUGGCCUUUUACUCCUGGCCAUACCAAUUAAUCUGGCGGUUUGUUGGGCAGUGACCCAAACACACACUUUCCACCCGAAUCUGCGGUUAAUUUUGUUCAGCAACAUCAUGUGUGGGGUUUUGCAGGUAAGGAGGGUAACUCGAGCCGUUGUAUGCAAGCUUCGUUUGUUCAGUUUUUUUCCAAGUCUUGCUUUAAUAGGGUGCUGCGCUCAAAGUUUUGGUAACGUUUGCCUUCGUACUCUCAUUAGGUCACAAACCAACUUCUGGUUUUUUUGCUUGUACAUCAUUCCGAUGUCUUCGGUCGGCAAAACCCGUGCCAAAAUAUCAGUGAUGGAGCGUUCACUCCUCUCUCAGACUAUGCAGACUUUUGGGCCCUACAUGCGUCUUUCAGGGACAUAGAAUUGUUUUAUUAUCAGUCUGUCGGCCGACAGCUGUCAGACUAUUUGGUGCGCGAUAGCGGCUAUGACAUUUGCUGUCAGAGAAAAAACACCUUUUGAUCGUAACUUUGCAAGUUUCGUGCAGAAAAAAUUGGUUUUUUUGCGGAAACAUUACUCUCUGUGGUAGAAAUAGGCAUGAAACUUUUCGUGCCGAAAUUCGGCAAAAAGUGUCAAAUCUUCGCCAACUCUCGCUCUAAAAAUCUCGGUUGUUUUUGCAAAGCGCGAGUUAGAAUUCUAUUUUCUCGCAUAUAUUUUAGAAAAAAUUAUUCUAAGUUUGUGCCAAGCUUCAUCAAAAUCUGAGCGUCGCACUUCGGGGUACUUCCCCUGUUAGAUAUUAUAUUAUAAUAUUACCUUCUUUCUUCUCGUGGUCUAAUUAACGAAAUUCAUAAAUUUUCAGGCUACGGUUCGAGCUAUUUUUGUCCUCCACAUCCUCACGUAUGAGAUGCUGGUUUCUCCGGCGGUGGGUAGGAAACUCUUCGGUUUGCGGGCAUUCUUUGUGAAUCAAAUGUUGUUGGCAUUUUUGAAUGUGUUCAUCGAGCGGUUCGUUGCGUACAAGAUGUCCGCCAGAUACGAGAAAGCUCCGCUGUAUCUUGCAGUCGUGAUCAUUGUUUGUUGGGUAGGUUUUUAUAUAUUAUAUUAUGCAUACUAUAUAUCAUUCUGUCGGGAAAAUAAUGAGGUCUCUGUCGCAUCGAAAAUCGCAGAGUCGCCGAGAGAAUGAAUUGGCGGCAAAAUCAAGUUUCUUUUUUUGGCAAUGAGGACUAUGCGACAUAGUGCUCAUUAUUUUCCCGACGCACUGAUACAACAAAUUUUAAGAAGUUUUUACUCAAUAAAUUUGUAUUUCGUUUAGUGGAUAUCAACAUAUCUUCUUACCUACGUAGUUGGUAAGUUUUUUUGUUGUUAGGCUAAUGGGAAUCAAAAUUGCGCCAGACAACAGUAAUUUUAUCUCCAUGAUUUUUCAGAAAUCGGAGCGGUCACUCUUCUUUGUAUCCUCUCUCCUUGUGUGGUAAGUUGUUUCACUGGUACUAACUUACUAGUCACGCCCAUAAAGUCCGUAGAAUUUUUUGCUUGCAGAAAAGUACAUGUUUUGUUUAGGCCUUAUUCCUUGCCAAUCGUUGGAUAAAACUGCAGAACACAGCCCCCACUGGCAAUGCCUCUCUGUCCAAGCGCUACCAAAUGACCGAAAACAUCAAAACCCUGACAAUGUGUCGGCCGUGGAUCAUCCUCUACUUGAUUACCAAUGUUGCUCACGCGUUUCUCCUAUUCGCCGCAAUUUUUUUAUUUCUAAUGGACGGCACAAACUCGGUGAAACUUUUGGUCCAAUCAAUGGACAUUUUAUACGCUGCUUAUGUGGCAACGUACACAUUGGUCUUGGUGAAUGGUCAUCAAGGGCUGAAGGCUCAUUUCAGGUACGGGUUUGUGUCUUCGUUGCAGGCUUAUGAUGAGAAAAUGGACAUUUAAUUAAAAAUUAACUGUUUAGGAUCCUACUGUGGAACCGAUCAAAAGUCACCAUGGAAUCUUACAAUUACCUUGCCACAACUCUAAAAACGAACAAUGAAGACUUUGACGGACAUUUCAAGAGGCUAGACCAAGCAUGGGCUUGA